AGCUAAUGAUGGAUGAGCAGCCGGAGGCUCUGGUGCCUGAAUCUGACAUCAAGGACGAGCCGGGGCCCGAGGAAGAGGAGGGUGAAGACUCAGUAGAUGCCAAACCCGACAGAAGCCAGAGGAUCUCCAUAUUCAGCAGCACCCAGCAGAAAAAGGCAGAGGAACCAGACAAGCCCCCCCAAACGAACGACAAUGUGCGGAUUGUUACCCCGGCUUUCCAGUACAAGAUGAAUUAUGGGAAAGUUGGCAGAUGCAUCAUAAUUAACAACAAGAACUUCAAUGAAGUCACAGGUAUGAGCGCCCGCAAUGGCACCGAUAUUGACGCCAGAGAUUUACUCCGCUGCUUCAAGGGCCUCGGCUUUGACGUUAACGUGUACAACAACAAGAGCUGUGAGGAGAUGGAGGCCCUCCUACAUAGCGUGGCUCAGCAAGACCACAAUGACAGCGCCUGUUUCGCCUGCAUAUUCCUGAGCCAUGGGGAAGAGGGGCUGAUCUAUGGCACCGACGGGGCAAUGCCCAUAAAAGUACUGACCACUCUCUUCCGUGGGGACAAAUGCAGGUCCCUUGUCGGUAAACCCAAACUGUUCUUCAUUCAGGCCUGCAGAGGGUGUGAAUUUGAUGAUGGGUUGGAGGCAGAUGCUGGGCCGGCGAAUGAGACCCUGGAGACGGAUGCCAAUCCCAGGCACAAGAUUCCAGUGGAGGCAGAUUUUCUCUUUGCAUAUUCUACUGUACCAGGAUAUUACUCUUGGCGGAAUCCCGGGAGGGGAUCUUGGUUCGUCCAAGCUCUUUGCAACGUCCUUAACGAAUACGGGAAAGAACUGGAAGUCAUGCAGAUCCUGACCAGAGUCAAUUAUCUGGUGGCGACCCAGUUUGAAUCCUAUAGCGAUGACCCACAAUUCAACAAGAAGAAGCAAAUCCCUUGCGUGGUCUCUAUGCUGACAAAGGAACUCUACUUUAAACCCUGUUAACAUUCCGGGUCAACUCUAUAUGGGAGAUUCAGGGAAUUCUGAGGCAAAAAGCAACAGAAAUUAAUCUUUAAAAGGUUUACAGAAAUUUGGGAAUGGCCAUGGGUAACAGCCUCGGACAUUUUAUGGUUAGAAAGUGAUAGGUUGCCUUUGAGAGUGUGUUAUUCAGUGAUAUUUUGGGUGGAAUCCUGGCAUGGAACAAUACGUCGCUACCUAUUGGCAAUGGGAAUAAAAAGGAAAUGAAAUAAGAUAUGUUUGAUGGGCAAUUACACACAAACUUACUGAAAGCUCAACCCAGGUAUAUCCAUGUGUGAUCCACGCUUCCAAGUUCUAAUUGCAGUGGCAGAACAAGGAACUGAUAUUCACUACAAAGAUGAUACUGUAUUUAGCACCACGGAGCCCAUCCAAGUGUCGGCACAAAGCUUCUCUGUGCUCCGGCCUCAUACACUGAAUGCUGGCAAAUGUUUGCUAAAUUCAAAUCAAAUUAGGAAACAAAAACUAAUUCAAUAAAGACAAUCACGGCUUUCAUCUUCAAACAGGAUGUUAUUCAUUAUACAGUUAUAUAUAUAUUUUUAUAAGGUUUGCUGUAAUCUCUAUAUAAAAUUGUUUCAUUUAUGACUCAA